AUGAUCACUUUGGAAGAUUCAUAUCCAUUUCAACAACCGGUUGAUCCUGUUACACUUAAUAUACCUGAUUAUCUCACAAUAAUUAAACAUCCAAUGGAUAUAUCAACCAUACAUAAUAAAUUAUUACGUGGAGAAUACAAAAAUCCAUUAGAAUUCUGUGAUGACGCAUGGCUUUAUAAUAGAAAAACUACACGUAUCUAUAAAGUGUGUACAAAACUUGUAGAACUAUUUGCUGAAUCUAUUGAUCCUGUUGUACAAGCAUUAGGUUAUUGUUGUGGUCGUCAACAUGUAUAUUUACCACAAGUUUUGUUAUGUUAUGGAAAGGAACAAUGUUGUCAAAUCUCAGUCAAUGAUAAUUAUUAUUAUUAUAACAAUCCAGAACUAUCACAAUUUAAUCUAUCCAAUGAUAGAUAUACAAUUUGUACGAAAUGUUUUAAUUCAGUUCAAAGUGAUUCAAUAUUUAUGGGUGAUGAUCCAAUUCAAACAUUAAUUGAAAUACCAAAAUCAUUAUUUUUAUUAGCUAAAAAUUAUACAAAAGAACCUGAAAUAGUGAUUAAUUGUAUUGUUUGUACACGUCGUUGGCAUCAAGUAUGUGCAUUACAUUUAGAUCAAAUUUGGUCUGAAGAAAAUCGUUAUAUAGCAUCAAAAUUACCAGUAAAUGAUUUAUCAUCACAAUUAGAAAAACGUGCUAAUAAUUUUUUUACAUAA